UCCCUCUACCCGACGAAACCCUACGCCGCACCCAUCACACUCUAUAUAAUCAUUGUCGGCCGUUGUUUUAUCCCCUCUUCCUCACGCCUCCUUCGCCGUCUCCGCUUCUUCGUCUAUUUGUCACCUAGGGUUAGGGUUUGCUCUUUGGAGGAAACAUGCUCGUCUAUCAGGAUCUUCUCACAGGAGAUGAGCUUUUGUCAGACUCAUUUCCAUACAAGGAAAUAGAGAAUGGUAUGCUGUGGGAAGUUGAAGGAAAGUGGGUCAUUCAAGGAGCAAUUGAUGUGGACAUUGGUGCAAACCCUUCCGCCGAAGGUGGUGAGGAUGAAGGAGUUGAUGACCAGGCUGUUAAGGUGGUUGAUAUUGUGGAUACCUUUCGGCUUCAGGAGCAACCAGCAUUUGAUAAGAAACAAUUCGUGACCUUCAUGAAGCGGUAUAUCAAAAAUUUGACUCCUAAGUUGGACGCCGAGAAACAGGAGUUAUUUAAGAAACACAUUGAGGGAGCUACCAAGUUUUUACUUUCAAAGCUUAAGGACCUGCAAUUUUUCGUAGGUGAGAGCAUGCAUGAUGACGGCGGCUUGGUCUUUGCUUACUACAAAGAUGGUGCAACGGAUCCAACAUUCUUGUAUUUUGCCUAUGGGUUGAAGGAGGUCAAGUGCUAAAAUAUACUUAACCAGAUGGGGAUAUGCUGUAACUUCAGCUUGUUUAUCAUUUACGUGGUUUGUUUUUGAGGGGACUUAAGAAGCAAUGCCUCUAUUUUUAAUGUGCUUGAGAAUUUGGAUUUUGCUUUGGAAUAUUUGGUUGAUCUUUUGGUGAAUAUUUAUUUGAGUAAGAAAAUGUUUAAUCUUUAGUUUAUUGACU